GAGAGAGAGAGCGUCUACACCUCAAGAUAUUUUAGACAAAACAUACAAAAUAUCUUCCAAGAAAAAAAAAAUCGAUAACAGACAAUAGGCAAUAAAAUCAAGAACACAGAAACUCUUUUGUGGAAAGAUAGAAACCCAAGAUACUAUAGUGGGGACUCCGUCUACAGAUUCUACUAAAGACAAACUAACGUCAUAUAAAACUUUCUCUUUUUUAUGGAUAACCGCAACCUUCUACUUCACGUUUCUAGCCAAAAAAUGCAAAAACAACCAAAAAACAUAGCAAGCCAGUUGUGUUGCAAAUCAAUGUUGAAUGUGCUAAUCCGUUCACAGUUCUAUGUGCAAUUUAUAUCACAGCUGAUGUGACUGAAACGUGACGAGCGAAAGAGUAACACAUACAUAUCAACUCGUUUUAUUAAUCAAGUUGAUUAGAAAUUAUUUUUAUGAGGUACAGUAACGCUUUUGUCGUAGAUAUGUGUAAGUCACUUCCGCUUGAAAAAUAUAGCUUGAGAAGAUUAAUCAUACUAACUUUUAAAGCUAUGGGAGAUUAAUAAUAACAAUAAUAAUAAUAAGAUAUAUUUGUGACGUUUUAGAGAAUCACGCUCGGCGGUAAUUGUGAUAUUCCUUGGUUAGACAUAAAGGCUUUACACACACGACUUUUUCCUGACUCAAACACAUGGAUUUUGAAGAUUCAGUGAUUGCCUUCAAGACUUCAGUUGACGAGGGAUGAAGAAUCUCUCAAGCUUGAAGUAAUUUUCGACUUCCUGCUGGAGUCUUCCUUGAAGAGAGACUAGUUUUUGAAAAGUUCCUCCUCGACUUAAACUUUAAGAGCUUCUAAACAAGCAGACUCGCGGAAAUACUCGCUUAAAAAUGUGAUUUCGUGGAAAAUUCUGAGGGAGAGAGAGAAAAAAGAAGAACUGUCGCUUCAUGUCACUCCCAUGAAGAAAACAACAGGAUAAAAAAAGAAAAGAUAGAAAAAAAAACUGUUCUGUGUGAAACUAACCUUUUUGAAAAUAAUUGCAAACGGGAGAGAUCAUCAAAACAAAGUAAACGUGAUACAGAGACCACGUUAAACGCACCAGUGCUCAGAGUAACGUUCAACAUCUUUAUUCAUUCUUGAACGUAAAUCUAUUCCUUGGAAGAACUAGAAGAAAAAAGAAAAAAGAAAAGACAAAUAUAAAAAGAAAGAAAGAAAAAAAACAAAACAGGAAGAAUUAACAAAACGAAAAUUAAGACGGGAAAAAGACCAAAGAAAUAAAAAAAGAAAAAUAAACAUACAAACCUCAAAGAAUUAAACCCAAAACAAUCUGAAAACCUAAAAAAAAAAAAAAAAAAACUACAGAAAAAGAAUAACAAAAGAAAUUAAAACGAAGAACAAGACUCCCCCCCCCCCCACCCCUAAAAAAGAAAAGGAAUUUCAAACUUCUUCAAGAAAACGACCAAGAAUGGAGAGUUCACAGGGCCUUGCUCUCCUUUUCCUCUGCCUGACGGGUUCUCUCAGCCGUUGUUCUGAAGAUGCUGACGUCAGCCUGGGAUGGAACUGGGAGAUGUGGUGGACUUACGACGGAAUAUCAGGACCGGAAUUCUGGGGUGUAAUUAACCCCGCCUGGUCCAUGUGCUCGGAGGGGAGAAGACAGUCACCCAUCAACUUGGACCCCCGCACCCUCCUUCACGACCCCAACCUGACCCCUAUAACUGUUGACAAGACGCAGGUGCAGGGAGAAUUGGUCAACACAGGUCACAGCCUCGAGUGGCGGGUCAGGCGUUCGAGGGCGACCUCCUCGUCCUCGUCCUCGGUGAAGAUCUCAGGAGGACCUCUCUCCUACAUCUACUCCGUCAGCCACCUCAGACUGCACUUCGGAGAGAGAGAUUUGCAGGGAUCAGAGCAUACGCUGGCCAAUUAUGCUUUUCCUGCCGAGUUACAGAUCUACGGCUACAACUCGCAGCUGUAUCGCAACUUCAGCCAAGCAGAGAGCCAAGUAUACGGAGUGGUGGCCAUUGCAGUACUUGUUCAACUAGGAGACAGAACAUCGCCUGCACUUGCAGCUAUGUUGCAAGGUCUCCCAUCCGUCAGAUAUGGUGGACUGACGGCGCCUGCCCAUGAACUCUACGUCAAGGAGCUGCUGCCAUCUACCGAGCAAUACCUGACCUACGAUGGCUCGCUCACGGUGCCGGGUUGCCAUGAGACGGUCACGUGGAUCUUGCCCAACAAGCCUCUUUACAUCGCUUUUAGCCAGAUGCGCAGCCUCAGGAAGCUAAAACAAGGCUCGUCAGAUUUUCGCCGGAAUGCGCCCGUUGCCAACAAUUUUCGGCCGCUUCAGUCUGCUCAUCACAGGACCGUCCGUACUAAUAUCGAGUUCUCCGGCCAAUACCAGGGUCGGGGAUGUUCUAAAUCUGAACCAAUGUUCAGAUAUCAAGCCAACGGGAUGCUUCACUCCUGACAAUAAUUAUACUUGGGUUUAAAGACAUUUCUAUAACAUGGUACAGAAAACUUCUUUGUUUAACAUGUGCAAUAUUUUGUGCGGCAUUGUAAAAUGUUCCUGUCAAUAAAACAUACUCCAA